CGCUCACUGACGUUUAGUGAAACAUAACCUAUAAAAAGCGCAUGCCACGCAGAAAAAGUUGUUCUGCUCCGUUUGUAGCGGUUAUGUUGUUUUGUAUUUUUAAAAAAAUGUUGUCUAGUGUUAUAAAUUAUAUGAAAACAAUUGUGAUUCAUUGAUGGAAACAGCUUUCGAUGAACAUUGCUCGAUUUUUUAAUAUUAUCAGAUAUGAGUAAAAUUAUUGAUGAACCAGAAACCGAAAAUUGGUCUGAUAAAAAAUUAGUAAUUGCUUUUACAGACUGUGGUAAUACAUUUGGUCGAUGGGCUUUAUUUUCUGGUGUAGUUGGAAUUUGCACAUAUCCAUUUCUUAUUCAACGUACUUUUAAGAUAUUUCCAAGCUAUGAAGUAAGAUUGCUCAUCAGUUCUAUUUUAAUAUGUUCAACAAUUAUUGGUACAGGAUACUUAGCCAAGAGACAAUGUGAAAAUAAUGUGAAAAAAUUAUAUUCUGAAGGCAGACAAUUAGAACUUGAGAUACAGAAACAAAUUUCAAAAUAAAAAGACAAACGAAAUAAUAAUAAAAGAAAAACUUUAGUGAAAAAAAACUCUUUUAAUUAUAAAUUAUUAUUUACGUUAAAUGAAGUGAAAAUUUUUUAAAAUGUACUGUUUUCGAAAAGUUGUUUCAACAUUAAAAUAUAAUAUUCAAUCCGCUGUGUUUCCAAAUUCAAAACGUAGUUUGAAAUUGCCAACUAUCGUUACAAGAUUUAAUCAUGAAUCAAUUGAAACAGAAGAAUCUGAAGCCGAUUUAUUGGAAUAUCAAGAAAUGUCAAAUGUUUCUUUAGGAACAGUCGCUGGUGGUCAAAGAAUUUUUAUAAUACAACCCUAUAUAAAAUGGGGCCGAGGGAAAAAAAUAAAUACAACUCCUGAAUUGCAAAUGAGUGAAGCAGAGGCAUUAAUUAAUACACUACCACGUUGGGUAGUUGCUGAUAAAAAAUGUAUACCAUUAUUAUCUUUAGGGAGAAAUAAAUUAAUGGGUAGAGGUGCACUUGAAGAAUUAAAACGAAGAAUUGAAAUGGCCAAUAAUGUGACAGGCAUUUUUAUAAGUAUAAAUUUAUUAAAACUCGUGCAAAUAGAAGAAUUACAAAAAGAAUUAAAUCUUCCAGUUUUUGAUCGUUAUUCAAUUGUAAUACAUAUAUUUCGUUUACAUGCCAAAACACCUGAGGCUAAAUUACAAGUGGCACUUGCUGAAAUUCCUUAUAUUUGGCAAAAAAUAAUAGAAGAUAAUCAGGAUCUUCAUAGAAUUAAUUUAAAAGAAUGGAGAAAAAGAAUUCUUCAAACACGUCAGUUAACAUUAAAAAAGGAAUUAAAAAAAGUUCAACAAAAACGUUUUUUAAUAAGAAGAAAGAGAAAAUUAUUGGAUAUUCCAAGUGUUGCAAUUGUUGGCUAUACAAAUGCGGGUAAAACAUCUUUAAUUAAGGCAUUAACUGGAGAUUCAUCAUUAAUGCCUAGGAAUCAAUUAUUUGCAACACUUGAUACAACCGCUCAUGAAGGUUAUCUACCAAGUAGAUUAAAAAUUCUUUAUAUGGACACUAUUGGUUUUAUACAAGAUGUACCUGAAGGGAUGUUGGCUCCUUUUAUUGUCACCCUUGAGGAUGCAUUUGAUUCUGAUGUGAUAAUACAUAUUUACGAUGCUAGUCAUCCAGAUCAAUUCGCUCAAAUAGAACAUGUCACAUCAACUUUACAGUCGCUUAACCGUGAUAAUCGACCAAUUAUCGAAAUUGCAAACAAGUGUGAUCUAAUUGAAAAAAAUACAGUCCCUGAAGAGAUAAUAGCAAUUUCAGCGACAAAGGGAAUUGGUAUUGAUUUGUUACGAAGAAGAAUAGAGCUGGAAAUUUUGCGUUCUACGGGUCGAAAGCAUAUACGAAUGAGGGUAGCGUCAGGAACUGAGGCCUUCGCAUGGUUAUACAAAGAGUUAACAGUGACAAAUACAGAACCUGAUCACGAAAAUCCUCAAUACAUGUACAUAGAUGUUAUAGCAACCGAGACACAGAUUUACAAAUUCAAACGAUUUCUCAAAAAUUAAACAAUUUUUGAAGUUUGAAA